UUAUCCAGACAUUCGGAUAAAGCUUUAUGGUCUCUGUUUGUCCUUCUGCUGAUGUGCUUGGACCUGCACACCCUUGUGGAGUCCGCUCCCAUUUGUGCCCAUGGACACACGGGCUGCCACUCACCCACUCUGUCCGACCUGUUUGAUCGGGUGAUCCAGCACUCGGCCAGGAUGCAUGGCCUCUCCAGCGACCUGCACUCCGAUUUUGAGCAGUACUUUCUACCCAGCAGAAACCAAAUUGGCAGAAUCAAUAGAAAAUGUCACACUGCCUACAUACUAACACCCAACGGCAAAGAGAAUGCUCAGCGGCUGGCGAGGGAAGAGCUGACCGAGGUGAUCCUGAAGCUUCUGGCGGCCUGGAGGGAUCCCCUGUCACAGUUCCACCGGAGCAUGGCGCGGCAUGAGGACUUCACCAGCAUCAGUGGGAACAAGGCUCUGGAGAUGAGCGACAUGGUGCACCAACUGAAGAACGGGGUGGAGAAGGUCGCUGAGAAAAUGCAGCUCCUGGGCAUGAUCAGCAACUCCUUGAUGAGCCUGUCCUCCACUGAGGCCCUGGCACCCCACUCGGCCAGCAGCGAGGCACGCUCCAUGAGCGACUACGAGCUACUCUACUGUUUCAGGAGGGACUCCAACAAAGUCCAGAACUACUUGAAGAUCCUCAAGUGCAGGAUUGUCGCAGAGCAUGGUUGCUAG